AUGCACGCACGACCGACUCCUCCAGCCUCCACCACGCCGUCCGCCUCGUCCCCGUGCCGUCUGGCCGCGUGGGUCCCGCUCCGCCUCACGCGCGCCCAUAGUCGGUCGCUCCGCCUCGCGCGCACCCGCAGUCGGUCGCGCCGGCCUCGCCUGCAUCCGCGGCGCCUCGUCCGCGCUUCGCGGCUCCGCGCGCCGCGCCUCCCGGCCGGCUUCCACCAAGUCCGCGCGCCCCACACUGCGCCGGCCUCCCGCGCCGAGUUCGGCCCCCUACCGCGUCGCCCGGCUCCACCAGCUUCACCCUUGACGCAUCCGGCGCCGCUGGCCGGCUCCCGGCCACCUCUGCUGCCGGCCUCCGCGCCCCCGGAUGCUGCUGUGCCGCUCCAUCGUCUGGCCUGCGCCGGCUGGUCGGCUCCCCCCAGACUCCGCGCUGGCUGCUGCCGCAUCCCGUCCGCCCGAUGGGCGCGCCAUCCGGCCCUCCGCGUCACCGGCUCGCCGCUAGCCGGCCACGCCGCUCCGGCCGCCUGCCGGCUCCGCUUCCCUCCGCUACAGCCCCCUCCUGUGGCUGACUGCUUGUCGAAAGAGAAGGGGGCGUCGCCUGCUCGUGUGGAGCCGGCGAAGAAAAGUCAAGGUCCGGCUGCCCCCGCGGAGACGGAGAAAGAGAAGAGUCGGGCCAACUGCUAG